CUGGCUUGAUCUGUUUGUGUCUUCAGAAAUCCUGGAAGGGUUCCUUGGAGCAGGACGCUAUCCCUUUACUGCAAGUUUCCCCAAAGGAAUCACUGAAGCUAUUCAGGCAUGUGAUGACUUCUCUUCAGCUUUCAUCAUUUGUGAAGAUCUUGCACUGCUUCUGAUCUGAAGAUAACUUUUGACAGAACAAACUUUUAAAUGGGAUCACAAGAUGCAGGGAACAAAAUUAGAAGGAAAAGUCAGUAUGGUGCUACCGAGUCACCAAACCUACAUGAUCACCAGGAGGACCAGGAUCAAACCUACUUGGAUGAAAGGAUCGCUAUUCCAGAUGUUGGUGGGUACGGUUUCAGUUUCAGAAAGCUUUGGGCUUUCACCGGGCCAGGAUUCCUCAUGAGUAUUGCCUACCUAGAUCCAGGAAAUAUUGAGUCAGACUUACAAUGUGGCGCUGUUGCUGGCUUCCAACUGCUCUGGGUCCUGCUUUGGAGCACAAUUUUGGGUCUACUCUGCCAAAGGUUGGCUAUACGGCUUGGAGUAGUUACAGGCAAGGACUUGGGAGAGAUAUGUUAUCACUACUAUCCCAAGGUCCCACGGGUGCUGCUCUGGAUUAUGAUCGAAAUUGCUAUAAUUGGCUCUGAUAUGCAGGAAGUUAUUGGAACAGCAAUUGCUUUCAACCUCCUUUCAGCUGGACGUAUCCCUUUGUGGGCUGGAGUCUUGAUCACAAUUGUGGACACCUUCUUCUUCCUCUUCUUAGAUAAAUAUGGUCUCAGGAAGUUAGAAGCCUUUUUCGCCCUCCUCAUUACUAUCAUGGCAGUAACGUUUGGCUAUGAGUAUGUGGUUGUAAAACCUGACCAAAAAGAGGUGCUGAAAGGGAUAUUUAUUCCUUACUGCAAGAACUGUGGACACGAGCAGCUUCUGCAGGCUGUGGGGUUGGUUGGAGCCAUCAUUAUGCCCCAUAACAUCUAUUUACAUUCUUCCCUCGUCAAGACCCGAGAAGUAGAUCGCGCCAACCAGAAAGCAGUGAAAGAAGCCAAUAUGUACUUUCUGAUUGAAUCCACCAUUGCACUCUUUGUUUCCUUCCUCAUCAAUCUCUUUGUCAUGUCUGUGUUUGGCCAGGCUUUUUUUCAACGCAGCAACCAGGAAGCGCAUGAUGUCUGUGCCAAUCAGAGUUUAUUCUUGAAUCAGAGCAUUUUCCCCAACUUUCCUGAAAAUAAUGAGACUGUGACUGUAGAUAUUUUCCAAGGGGGAAUUAUCCUAGGAUGCUACUUUGGGCCCAUUGCUCUCUAUAUCUGGGCUGUUGGAAUCCUUGCAGCAGGUCAAAGUUCAACCAUGACAGGAACCUAUGCAGGACAGUUUGUUAUGGAGGGUUUCUUACAAAUGCGCUGGUCGCGCUUUGCCCGUGUGGUUUUCACUCGUUCCUUCGCCAUUCUUCCCACUGUCUUUGUCGCUGCCUUUAGGAAUGUAGGAGAUUUAACAGGCCUCAACGACCUUCUAAAUGUACUCCAGAGCAUUCUGCUACCUUUUGCAGUCAUACCUGUUCUCACCUUCACCAGCAUGGAGCCUCUUAUGAAGGAUUUUGUCAAUGGGAUCAUUGGAAAAUUUAUAAUGAUCCUGAUCACCGGAUUAAUCUGUGCAAUCAAUUUAUACUUCGUGGUGACAAGCAUCAUAAGUUUGAACUACCUGGCCUACUAUAUUGGCAUAUCUUUCGUGCUCCUUGCUUACGUUGCUUUCGUCUGCUACCUGAUUUGGACCUGUCUCAUUUCACAUGGAGCUGUCUUCCUAACUCGUGGGCCCCAUACUCGGUUCAGUUAUGGACUACAAUGAUAGUACAUCCCACUCAUCGCCACUGGAAGCUGAUGAAUCAUCACUAUGUCUCCCCAACAAAACAGGAAGCAGCUGCUCUUGGGGAUCUGCCAGGAAGCAAAGGUGUCAGAAGCAGAGUUUCUGUUGGCAAAGGAUGAACUCCAGCAUCAGUAGUGAUCACUCAGCACAGCGCCUGCCUUGCAGGCCAAAAGUUCCAGAGAAAAUUUCUGGCAUUCCUAAAGAACCUUCAGACUUGGAAUGGCUGUGGUGUGACUUCCAAAGAGGGUUUAAGACUUGAUGCAUUCUUGUUUUUUAAUCCUGAUGACAUGUAGCAAGUUGGGGGGAGGGGGGAGUGUAAAGAAAGAACUAUAAAGUAUUCUAGAUACUCAUGACCAAAUGUGCACACGGUCCACCAGCUUCAGACCUAGAUCGGCUUUGUGUGGAACAUCAAGGCAUCCACUUUAGUAGUGGGCGGGGAACAGUCUUUUUUUGGGGGGGAGAGGUGGGUUUAGGAGCUUAAGGAAUGAGGGUUUGGUUCCACCAUUGGUGGGGGCCACACAAAGGAAUGAUGGAAGAAUGCACACAUCCCUUUGGUUCUACUUUUGCACCAUUGCUUUAGACCAGCGGUUCUCAACCUGUGGGUCAUGACCCCUUUGGGGGUCGAAUGACCCUUUCACAGGGGUCACCUAAGACCAUCCACCUCCACCAGCAUCGCCCAUGCUCAGGAGCACGUCCUGAAGCAGCAGGUGCAUGAAGAGUGCUGGGUGGCGAAGCAGCCUCCUCCUGGCUCUGGGCGCAACCCAGAUGCCGCCCCGCCCAGUCUCCACGCCAGGGAAAGGCCGAGCCACUGAAGGGGGAGAGAGACGGGUUAUUCUGGAUCAGCCUUGGCUCCAACGGAUGUCCAAUGCCUGCACAGGGGCUCGAAGGCGUCUGGAGAACAGGAGACCGGCGGGGCAGUCGGGCCAUCCGCUUCAGCUGGCGGGAUGGGCUCUCGCCCAAGCAGGCACAUGCCAAGAUUAAAGCCGCCUUGGGCCUGGACGCUGCCUUUGCCGCCCCCGCCGUCGUUCCUGUCCUGUGGGCUAAACUGAGCUCGUAGGCUUUUUGGCCCCCAGGAAGGGCUGGCAGGAGAGGUCGGAGGGGAGGACAGGCCCCACCCACCCAUUCCUUCCGUCCCGAGGAAUUCCACUCAGGACAGAAGCACAGUUCGAUGUAACUGAAGCCUCUGUUUAAAAUCCCAUUUAAAGAGCAGCAUCUUAAUCUGUGUUAAAUCGGUUGAGGGAGGAAU